AUGUCUCUUCAAGCUUCAACACCCAGCCAGUCUUUUGCCCCUUCCGUUUCUACAGGCUCCGUCUCGGCUUCCUCUGCGAGGGCAUCCGUCGCUGUCAGCGGUACGGAUUCGCCAGUGUCAUCGGCUUCAGGUACAGCUUCGGCUGUGUCCGACGCAAUCCCUUCGACUGUAGCGUCUGUUUCUACGAUUCCAUCGGCAGCGGCGUCUCCAUCCGUUAGCGCCACCGUUUCUCUGUCCAUUUCAUUGAGUGCGCCGGAGAAAUCUGCCACGGUGCCUGGGAUCGGCGCUAGCUCGACAGAAGCUAUACUCAGCUCUGCAUCUGUAUCUGGACCAUCGUCUGGAGCCUCCUCUUUUACUGCGCCGUCCUCCGCUGCUCCCUCGCCAACAAACGCGAGAGCGACACCGGCCAUGGCCUCACCGGCAGCGUCCCCCAGCUCUGUUAAGAUUGUGGCCGCAUCAACCAGCGUCAAAUUGAACAAGGCCGUGGAGUCUGCUGUUCCCUCUAGCCCCGUUGCUGGGCAGUCAUCUUCAUCAGCUCCGUCGCCUGCAUUCACGUCAUCGGCCGCCGCGCAGACUGUAGCUGCAUCGUCGAGUCCAGCCACUUCGCAAAGCGCGGCCGUCACUUCGUCCCCCUCUGCUCGCGUUGCCACGAAGUCCGGGACCCCGAGUACUACCUCGAUUUCGAGUGUGCCUGCUGCAAUUUCUUCUCCGUCCGCGUCAUCUGCACCAUCAAGUACAAGCGUGAGUUCUGUGCAGUCCACUCCAGCAUCCACGGCCGAGCAUGCUCAGUCCACGCCGGUCGCGAGCACGACUCCUGUGGCAAGCUCUGCGCCUGUCGCGAGCUCCACCUUCGUCGCUAGCUCCGUUCCAGCGUUGACAUCCGUGCCACAGAAUGCGCCAGUGCAGACAGCUCCCCAGAGCCAAUCCGCGCCCGCGAACGCUGGAUCUCUCACCCCGUCGUCCCAGGCAGCACCUACUGGCUCCCCUCUGCCAUCUGCUUCGCAACAGGCAAUAACUGGUGCCAGCGUGACGCAGGGAGACGGAACGACUUCGGUUGCAUCCGGGAAACAACCGUCGGCGCCGUCUUCCGGAGCAGGCCGGGCAGGUUCUUCCGAGACUCAGGCUCAAUCUGCCAUCUCGUCUUCGGGCGGCGCACGCAUACAAGCUCCCGUUCCAUCUGCGGACACCACGUUCAGCAGUGACGUCGUGACUACCGUAACGGACAGUAAAGGGCAUACGACGGUCUCUACGCCCGCCGUCGUUACUAAAGUAGCUCCGUCGACGCUGCCGGACGGUCAAGUGACCUCUGUCACCCAGGUCGCUGCCAAUCCGAGUGUCACCUCAUCUACGAAUGGAUCAUCCGCACUUCGUGACAACACCAACGGGUUCUUGCACAACAAAGCUGCCGUCGCAGGUGUAUUCACUGUGGUCGCUCUUCUCGCCUUGGCGUUGUUAGGCCUCGGGACCUACUGUUACUGCUCGAGGCGAAACAGGCGUCGUCGUGCUGGGCGCCGAGUCGUCAGUUGGCCGGUGCCUGUCCCAUGGAACGCCUCGCUUACGGACCCUUUCGCCAAUCGUCGCGAGAGCGUUAACAGCUCCAACUACCGCGCCGCCCACACCGAUGAAGGUGCAAUGUCCGAAGCAUACCAUGCGCCUAUCAUGGCCCGGUCCUCGGUGGACCGUGGCCGGGUGGUGUCGCCGACAUCGUACGAAGGUCCUUUCAGCGAUUAUAACUCGGCCGCGUCACCGGUUGGGCUGGCCAUCGAUAGCUCGCUUCCGCCGACGCCACGUACCGCAACGGUCUAUCCCGGAGAUGAGACGGCCACCACCAUGGUACCCGCGUCCGCCCUUCGUCCGUCGCGGGAAUCCAGUCCGUCGCGCUAUAGCCCGUCUUUACCGGGCGACGAUUCCGACUCGUUCUACGCGCGUGGUAGCAAGCCGGCGAAUCCAUUCGAGGACCCUGCUCCCGCGAACCCAUUCAAUGACCCCGCGCCGGUCGUCGCGGUGCCGCCCCCUAUCAUGUCCAUGGAGCACCGUGCGAGCGAUGUACCUCCGCCUAUCAGGCCGCGCAGUGCCAUGCGGAAGCCUCCUCCCAAAAUGGCCUUGGAAGACGUGCAGCUGCUGACGCCGCCCCCGUCCGUGUCGUCUCACAACCGCUCGGCGUCGCUCUCGGGCACUCCGCCACCCAGUCCGUCGUACGACGUUACACCACGGCCUGGUUUGGAUGCUAUACUGGACGAAUCGGAGGCGGCGGCGAGCUCACCCGAAGAUGGCACGCGGACACUGACGAGGAAGUAUUCUCGGCGAACCUUGCUAGAUAUUCGGCCCAAAACUAUGACCCGUUCUCGUUCGAGCACUCUCAACGAGCAAUCGCCAUCUGUAGGCUGGUUCUAG